AUGGUUUCAUUGAAUGUAACAGAAAAGAUGUCUGGUCAACUAGAGCAUGAGUUGGAGCUUGAUGUGCCAGCAAGUGAAGCAUGGGAACUCUUUGGCACACUUGGUAUUGGAAAACUCGUUUGUGAAGAGAUGCCACAAUUGUUUCAGAAGGUGGAAAUAGUUGAAGGAGAUGGAGGAGUUGGAACUAUUCUCAAAGUCACAUUCACUCCAGGUAUACCUGGUCCAGCUAGUUACAAUGAAAAGUUCACGAAGAUUGAUAAUGAAAGGCGUAUCAAAGAAGUAGAGGUGGUUGAAGGUGGAUACCUGGAUUUUGGAUUUACACUAUAUAGAGUUCGUUUUGAAGUUAUAGAGAAAGGUGAAGAUUCGAGCAUAAUCAAAUCUACAGUAGAGUAUGAAGUUGAGGAAGCAGCUAAGGCUUCACUUGUUUCCAUCGAUCUAUUGGCAAACAUUGAACUAGUUGCUAAGAAUUAUCUAGGAAGAAACAAGGCUGCAAAAGAAGCAAAGUAG